GAGCCCUUAACCCUCUUAGGAAGUGAUUAGUACUGCUUUUGGGCACGUAAAUGUGGGGAAAGAAAUGAUAUUUUAUUCAUUAUAAAUUGUGUUCCCCUUAACAAUACCAGCUCUUCUGUAUUCGUACAAGAAUAAAGUUAAUGUACAUUUUAUGGAUCCAAUAUAGAUGAUGUUGUGUGUAAAUUCAAUAAUGUUUCAACGGAAAAGUGUUUUGAAUUCAAAAACUGUUCAACUAUUUAUGAACACUAACAACUAUGUCUACCAAAAUGUAUCCCUUUAUUGAAAUAUGGGUUGAUUUUCAUUUCAGGUUCUUUGCCUUUUGCCACCCAACAACCUUGUCUCUUGAGUCUUGGAUGCAUUGGGAUUUCUUUUUUUCAUUGCAAGUUGUCAGGGCCGAUCCUGUGAUUGUUGGAGCCCGAGGCGAAAUCCAUAAAUUAGGCCCUCGGCAAAAUCAACGAACCAAAAAAAUAACUACAUGUUCGCAAAGCAAGAGGGCAAACUUAACUGCUCACCUUCUUCUCGAGGAACCUUCGCCUGUGAUUGAAGAGUCACGAGCAGUCGAGCAGGCCCUGGGAAAAAUGGAAUUCCGGAUUUUGAGUUUCAGAUUUGGGAAUUUUGAUUUUGGGUCAUUGGAUAUUAUGGAUUGUGGGAUAUAUAAGUUGGGUUGGGAAAAUGUUGAUUGCUGUUCUUGGAUAAUUGGUAAUUGGGUCGAGGCGUGAGGCCUUUUUUAAUUAAAAAAAAUAUAUUUUGGCCAAAAAUAGGCCCCCUUGCUUCUUGGGCUUGAGGCGCAGGCCUCAUUGGCCUCGUCUUA